AUGGCCCCGAAUAUUGCAACUGUUCUCAAUGACUGUCUGAAGGAGUUCACUGAAUCCACCAACUCGGGCGCUCUUACGCGAUACGAAAAUGAAGUCUCCAAGCAUCGCUGGCUAGAUGAGCUGGGACGACUUCGGGUAUGGGCAGGAAACAUUGGGGCUCAUCAGACCGGUCAAUCGUCGCUGGAUUAUCGGCUUCGAGAUGCUUCGCACCUGAAGGAUGAAACAGUCAAACUUUUGCAGCGAUUGCUAAGGCUACUUCGAGACCUGGCCGACGUCAUAGAAGAUGAAAACCAAGUUGAAGAUGAAAACGAUGCGAUUUUCUUUGAGGAUAGCGAGCUAGAGCUUGAGGACAAUGAUAUGACAGACAUCCAGAUGCUUUUUCAAAGCUUGCGAAACACUAUCAACCUCCUAUUCCAGAUGUCAAUGGCCAUUCGCCGACCCGCCGACCAUGAUCGUCUUCUCGGCGUGAAAAUCAAAGAUGAAUCAUAUUUUGAAUUAUGGGCCCAGAAACACAUUUCCCACAAAUUUCCAAAUGCCAAGAAUUCUAUAAUUCCUCGCCUCAGCGCUGCCAUGGCGAGGCAGAAGGCAGUUCUGAAAUAUUUUGCAAGACAUCGAGCAAAGCUUGAAGGUUGGCCAUCGGAUAUAGACUAUGUACCACCUGGUGCUAUGGCACCAAAGCUUCCACCCUCGUCCUUCAGUCAAAUUAAGGGGACACCUGAUAGCUUCUCUGUUUUUUCUUGGGCAAAAUCCUGGGAGAAAAAUUUUGGUACUUGUCAACACUUUCCUCAGCGCGCAGUCGGGAAUGCUAACCCAGAAGGUUUAGGUCAUAGUCCUAAUUCCAAAAGCCAGGCACACGAAAACUUUCCUUGGGAGAGCGGGGAAAAGGCCAAUGAAUAUAGCAGCCACUCAUUUGGCAUUGAUGGUGAUACGAGGGACCAAGAAAGCACUAUUCUGGGAGCUUCCAAUACUUGGACGACCCAUGCAGAACACUUAAAUGUGACAUCUAAUGAAGAUCCGCAUGAUGGAAUGCUAGUCAAUUUACUAUCACUCAAUGCCUUCGAUGGCCGGCAGGUUAAGCUUCCUGGGACUACAUCCCAUGGGAACGAUCAAACCGACGACCUAGAAGGCGGAUCGUCAUCCCUUGAUGGAAAGAAGAAAGCCUGUGACAAUUCUGAGUCUCAUCGAGACACUUUUAUCGGUCACCUUCAGGGGGUGCAUGAUGUGCCACGUCCAUUCCUGUGUCCCGUUCAAGAAUGCGGUAAAGCUCACGACCGCAUGGCCAAUAUGACAGAACAUCUCUUCCGGGUACAUAACAUAAAGAAAAAAAAUGGAACUUCCGGACAAUUGGAAAGUCAUAAGGCCGGCUCCUGA